AUGGGCGAUUUGCAGACUUUGCGGAAGAAGCAGGAGAUCCUGCUGAACAAGCUGGAGGUGCUGAACCAGUUCGUCGAGCACUACAAGGCGGAAGAACACGAGUGCCAGCUGGAAGUUCGACUCGGAAUGCUGAACGACGUUUACCUGGAGUUUACGAACCUACGGACGAAGCUGGAGUUGCUGCUGGAAGAAAAGGAUGCGGCCAAGUACGCAGAUGCGGAGCCGAAGGUCAAGCAGGAGGUCGUGUCACAUCGUGAAGAGGCCAAUCUACAGGUGGUACAGGAGUUCGACAACAAAUUCUGCAAGGUCAAGGCGAUGCUGAUUGCGAAGCGGCCGGUCAAGGUCGUCGCACAGACAGCUCAAGUCGGAAAUCUGCGCGAGUGGGUGACCUUCCGUGACACCUUCAAGAGUCUCAUCCACCGGAACUCGAAGCUGACAUCGAUGGACAAGUUCACCUAUCUCCAAUCGUCACUUUCUGGUCCUGCAUUGCUGGAGAUCAGUGGCAUCGACCUGUCGGAAGAAAACUACUCCGUCGCGUGGAACGCGCUGGAGGAGGAGUACGGAAACAAGAAGCUGAUCGUGAAAGCCCACCUCGAUGUCAUUCUGGAUCUGGAACCGCUGACCAAGGAGUCGUACGACGGUCUCAGCCACCUGCUCGGUGAGUUUGAGAAAAAUCUGCAGAUGCUGGACAAGAUGGGCGAAAAGACUGCCGACUGGAGUACGGUUAUGGCGCACGUCCUGUGCUCAAAGCUGGACUCGGCCACGCUUAGGAAUUGGGAGACCCACCACAACAGCAAGGAUGUCCCAACCUACAAGGCUCUACUGGAGUUCUUGCGCGCCCACUGUUCGGUUCUUCAGUCGAUCCAACGAGCGAAAGCGAAACCGUCGGAACAGCGCCCUCCGAAGGCAGCGGUCUGUCAUACUGCUGUGCGGAGCAGCAACCAGUGUCACUUUUGCAGCGGCCCGUGGCACACCCCGUUCCGGUGCUUCAAGUUUCAGAAGAUGACGAUCUCGGAGCGCAACGACGCUGUUUCGAGAAACAAGCUGUGCAGAAACUGCCUGAAGCCUGGACAUAACCCGCGGAUGUGCGAAGGAGGAACUUGCCACCACUGUCACCAGAAACAUCACUCGAUGCUGCACAACGAUCAGAUGAGAUCCUCCGUUCCACAACAGCAGUCGAGACCAACCGCGACGACCUCAGUACAGCGACAAAAACCCAGACCACAGAACACGAAUCAGACAACACACACUCCAGCCAACAAUGCACCUGCUAAUCCGACUAACCUACAGACUACAGACUCUCAAGCCACACAGCCACAAACCACUAGCCAAAACUACGUUGCACUACCCGUCACGCCCACACACAACAUCAUCCUGUCAACCGCGCUCAUCCGUAUCAAAGACCGCUUUGGAAACACGCUGCUAGCGCGUGCGCUUCUUGACUCGUGCUCACAGCACUGUUUGAUGACCAGAGAGUUCUCGCGACGACUCAAAUUCAUGCGACAAUCGUCGUAUUUGCCGAUCAAGGGAUCGGAACGUCGCGUUGCGUGUCGACGCACGUACGAGUCGGAGAUGCAGUUCCACGUCCUGCCCAAGCUCAACAUCUCGUUGCCGACGUCGUACAUCGACCCGGCUACAAUUCAGCUGCCCGACUGGAUGUUCCUGGCUGAUCCGGAGUUCCACAAAACCGGUCCAGUGGACGUCAUUAUCGGUGCCGAGUUCUACAUGGACUUGCUGACGGACGAACGGGUGAAACCAGCUGCAGACGGUCCCACGCUGCACAACACGGUGUUCGGUUGGAUCAUUUCCGGCCGGCUUCCCGGCAGCGUUCCAGAAUCGACGUCUCUCGUAUCCGUCGCGGCAAUCGACGAGCUGCUGACCAGAUUUUGGGAACUGGAAACGUGCCGCACCAAGAGCACGCACUCGAUCGAAGAAUCCUUGUGCGAGCAGCUGUUCGAGGAGACGACGUACGCUGUCCAGCGUCUCGGUGAGUCCAGAUCAACAGCCAUCAAACGCUUCCUGGGACUGGAGAAGCGGCUGUCAGCGAAUCCAGACCUGAAACAACAGUACAGUGAUUUUAUUCACGAGUACGAGGCCAUGGGACACAUGAAACGGGUUGCCGGCGACACGGCCGGGGGAGAGUUAGCGUAUUACCUGCCACACCACUGCGUCUUGAGGCCGGACAGCACCACUACGAAGCUCCGCGUGGUGUUUGAUGCUUCGUGUCGCACGUCUACCGGAGUUGCUCUGAACGAUGCGCUCAUGGUGGGACCAGUUGUGCAGGACGAUUUACUGGACAUUGCGCUACGCUUUCGACUUCACGCUGUUGCCAUCGUCGCUGACAUCGCCAAGAUGUACCGUAUGAUUCGCGUCCAGCCUGACGACCAGAGACUGCAGAGAAUCGUUUGGAGAGACAAUGCUGACGAACCCAUCCGAAUCUACGAGCUGACAACUGUCACGUACGGAACGGCGUCUGCGCCGUAUUUAGCGACCAAGUGCUUGCAAAAACUCGGUGAGAUCGGAGAAAAGACGCAUCCAUCCGCUGCCAAGGUCCUCAAACGUGACUUCUACGUUGACGACAUGCUGGCAGGUGCGCACACGGUCGCAGAAGGAAAAGAGCUAGUCGCCGAAAUGGUCGAUCUGAUGGAAUCUGGCGGAUUCUCGUUGCGAAAGUGGCAUUCUAACUCCCGAGACAUCCUGCUCGACGUCCCGGAACAUCUUCGCGACGAACGGACCCUGCUAGAACUGGACACGUCUGACGCAACCGUCAAGACGCUCGGGCUCGUCUGGGAGCCAAGUACGGACUGUUUCCGUUUCAGAUCGCCAAAGUGGAACGACGUUGCAGUGAUCACGAAGCGUGUCGUGGCCUCAGACAUGGCCAUGAUCUUCGACCCGUACGGGCUGAUCGGUCCUGUCGUCGUCCAAGCAAAAUCUUCGUGCAGAAGCUGUGGUGCAUGGAACUGGACUGGGACGCCGCUCUGCCAGAAGAUCUGCAGGAGUGCAGAUGACCAGAAUGUGCAGCUUCACGGGUUCUGCGACGCUUCAGUCAACGCUUAUGGUGCGUGCAUCUACAUCCGAACCGUUUCGGCCAACGGCGACGUCACCGUACGCUUGCUGGCCUCCAAAUCCCGUAUCGCACCGCUCGAGAACCUGAAGAAGAAGAAGCGUAAGCAGUCGAUUCCCCGCCUGGAGCUGGCGUCCGCUCUGCUGCUGGCGCAUCUGUACGAGAAGGUGGCCAACGCCAUCAACUUCCGAGGCAAAGCGUUCUUCUGGACGGAUUCCAUGAUCGUACGCUGCUGGCUUGCGUCACUACCGUCCAGAUGGAACCAGUUCGUGGCCAACCGUGUGUCCGAGAUUCAACACCUGACGGAGAGCGGAUCUUGGGACCAUGUGCCCGGAAUAGAGAACCCAGCUGACAUCAUUUCUCGCGGCAUGACACCGAUGCAGCUGCAGUACUCAAAGCUCUGGUUCAACGGUCCUGAUUGGCUGAGUCUCGACCACCAGCACUGGCCGCACGCUCAAGUGCCGAACGCAGCAGACUUCGACCACGAAGAACUGGAGGAACACAACGCUGUCGCUGCAGUUGCACAAGACGCCGAGCCCUGCAGACUGUUCACAGCGAAUUCGUCGUACACCGUGACAAUACGGACGACCGCUGUAAUCUGCCGCUUCUGUUUCAACAGCCGUGCGGCGAACAAGCAUUGUCGCAGAGUUGGUCCGUUGACGGCUGAAGAGCUCGAGGUCGCUUUGAAGAAGCUGGUGCGCCUCGCUCAACGAGAAUGCUUCCCGGAAGAGUACGAUGCUUUGUCCAGAGAUCGCGCGAUUCCAAACAACUCCCGCAUCGCUGCGCUGAACCCAAGAAUCAUCGAUGGAAUCCUGUGCGUCGGCGGCCGGUUGCAGCACGCCGCAGUCUCGGACAAUCGGAAGCAUCCGUACAUUCUCGACCAUCGUCAUCCGUUCACGAAGCUUAUCGUCACACACUAUCACGAGACCAUGUUUCACGCUGGACAACAACUGUUGAUCUCUGCUGUGCGUGAGCGGUUCUGGCCGAUCAACAUCCGCAACCUCGUUCGCGAGGUGAUCCACAAGUGUGUCGAUUGCUUCCGUGUCAAGCCGAAGGUUCUGGACCAGCUUAUGGCGGAUCUGCCGCCCGAACGAGUCACUCCGUGCACACCAUUCGCACGAGUCGGAGUUGACUACUGCGGACCUUUUCAGGUCGCGUACCCGCAGCGCCGAGCUCGCCCAGUGAAGUGCUUCGUUGCCAUCUUCGUCUGCCUGGUCACCAAGGCCGUUCACCUAGAACUAGCCGCAGACCUGACGACGCAGGCAUUUCUGGCGGCCCUCAAACGGUUCACUGCCCGGCGUGGCAAACCGAAGCUGGUCAUGUGCGACAACGCCAAGAACUUCGUCGGCGCAAGACGUGAGCUGAGCGAACUCGCCAAGCUGUUCCUAAGUCAGCAGUUCCAAGAGGAGAUCAUCCGCGAAACAGCGAACGACAGCAUCGAAUUUAAGUUCAUUCCCGCUCGCUCGCCGAACUUCGGCGGCCUCUGGGAGUCCGCGGUGAAGAGCUUCAAGUUGCUGUUCAAACGUACGAUCGGGCUGCACACCCUGCUGUACGACGAGUUCCAGACUGUGCUGGUUCAGAUCGAAGCGAUCCUCAACUCGCGACCGCUCACGCCGCUCAGCAACGACCCCGCAGACUUCGAAGCGCUCACCCCAGGACACUUCCUGAUCCAGCGUCCACUCACUGCGAUUCCAGAACCAAACCUCGACCACAUUCCCGAGAACAGACUGUCGGCCUGGCAAACCGUCCAGCGGUACACGCAGCAGCUCUGGAAGAAGUGGUCCAACCUCUACCUGUCGGACCUGCACAACCGCACGAAGUGGACAAAGCAAAAGGACAACGUUGCUGUCGGAACCAUGGUCCUGCUGAAGGACGAGAACCUCCCGCCGUUGAAGUGGCAGCUCGGACGCGUUUCCGAUAUCCACCCGGGAGCUGACGGCAAUAUCCGUGUCGUCACGGUGCGCACAAAGGACGGUAGCUAUCUGCGUGCGAUCUCUAAGAUCUGCAUUCUGCCGAUCCGUGACAACCUUUCUACCGCGCAAGGGAGAACUAGGACUCCUCCAACGGCGGAGGUCGAAAGGCCUCCGCACACCAGUUAA